AUAAAGCUAGCUGUAAGUGCAAUGGGAGAAAUGCUAGAAGUGAAGACUUCAGCUUCCAACGAUGGACAGGAUUAUCCUGUUGUACUUGCUCUCUGCCUGUCUCUCAGCGGUACCUGCUCAGAAGUUUUUAUACAGCUCUCCUUGGGUUCCCAGGGGCAUUAAAGCUCGUGAAGAUCCAGACGAUGGAUCUAUCAUGAAUGAAAUCAUCAAAGUGAAUGAGUUUCAAGCUUCCCGCAUCAUUGAUGGCUCUAUCAGCCUCAGAGAGGGAGACAUUGCUGUCUCAGCUGGCAAGCGCUCUAAAGUAUGUUUUGCAAGAAGCUGUCUCUGGUCAAAGUCAGUGGAUGGACAUGUCUAUAUUGCAUAUAACCUCUCACCUGAAUACAGUGAAAUGGAAGAGAAGCUGAUUAAAAAAGGUAUGGAGACUGUAGAGAAAGGCACUUGUGUGAGAUUUGUUCCUCGGACUCACCAGCGAGACUACAUAGACAUACAGCCAAAGUCAGGAUGCUGGUCCUACCUUGGUGCACGCGGCGGGAGGCAGACAGUUUCCCUGCAGAGUCCGAGCUGCCUCCAGGUUGGGGUGAUCGCUCAUGAGUUCAUGCACGCCCUGGGCUUUGUGCACGAGCAGUCCCGCUUUGACAGGGACAACUAUGUCACCAUCAUGUGGCCACACAUUUGGAGAGAUCGUUUAAGGAAUUUUGAGAAAUUCAAGACAGACAGUCUGAAUCUACCUUAUGAUUAUAACUCAAUCAUGCACUUUGGCAUGUAUGCCUACUCACAAGAUGGGAAUCCAACCAUUGUUCCUAAGAGUAGUCAAAAUGUGAAGAUCGGCCAAGCAACAACCCCCAGCCAUAUUGACAAGAUGAAAAUCAACAGACUUUACAAAUGUGGUGAUGAUGAUGAUUACUGAAACACUGUGGGAAACAACUUUAUUUUAUUGAUUGGCU